CUCCCCUCACUCUGCGAUCUGUUACGUCUUCCUCCUUCCUCUCCUCCCCUUCUCCGGAUCCCAGCAGCAGCAGCACAGAAGCUGCCGUGCCUCGUCUUUCACUGAGGAGAACCCGAAAGCCGGAGUGAUAGCUAAACCCCGUACAGCCAUGGCAGAAAACGCCGGCUUGGAAAACCACCGCAUCAAGAGUUUUAAGAAUAAGGGACGUGAUGUCGAGACUAUGAGAAGACAUCGAAAUGAGGUGACAGUUGAGUUGCGAAAGAGCAAACGAGACGAACAUCUACUGAAGAAGAGAAAUGUCCCACUGGAGGACAGUCUGGAGGACUCUGAUGUUGACUCAGACUUCAAAGGACAAAAUGUUACACUUGAUGCCAUCUUACAGAAUGCUACCAGUGAUAAUGCGGUGAUACAGCUCAGUGCUGUACAGGCAGCCAGAAAACUCCUCUCGAGUGACAGAAACCCUCCCAUCGAUGACUUGAUAAAGUCUGGGAUCCUGCCCAUUUUAGUCAAAUGCCUGGAAAGGGACGACAACCCCUCUCUGCAGUUUGAGGCAGCUUGGGCUCUGACCAACAUUGCGUCUGGGACUUCAGCACAGACUCAGGCUGUGGUUAAAUCCAAUGCAGUGCCCCUGUUCCUGCGACUGCUACACUCCCCCCACCAAAACGUUUGUGAACAAGCUGUAUGGGCUUUGGGAAACAUUAUAGGUGAUGGUCCACAGUGCAGGGAUUAUGUCAUCUCCCUGGGCGUGGUCAAGCCCCUGCUUUCUUUCAUCAACCCAUCAAUCCCCAUUACCUUCCUCCGCAAUGUUACCUGGGUCAUUGUUAACCUCUGCCGCAACAAGGAUCCACCACCACCAAUGGAGACUGUGCAAGAGAUUCUGCCCGCCCUCUGUGUGCUAAUAUAUCACACCGAUAUAAAUAUCCUAGUUGACACGGUGUGGGCUCUGUCCUAUCUGACGGACGGAGGCAACGAGCAGAUCCAGAUGGUCAUUGAUUCUGGAGUUGUUCCAUUUCUUGUACCUCUCCUCAGCCAUCAGGAGGUGAAAGUUCAGACUGCAGCUCUGAGGGCAGUCGGAAAUAUUGUGACAGGGACAGACGAGCAGACACAGGUUGUGCUCAACUGUGACGUCCUCUUACAUUUCCCCAACCUCCUCACACACCCUAAGGAAAAGAUCAACAAGGAAGCAGUCUGGUUCCUGUCCAACAUUACAGCUGGGAACCAGCAGCAGGUCCAAGCUGUGAUCGAUGCUGGACUGAUUCCUAUGAUCAUUCACCAACUGGCUAAGGGUGACUUUGGCACUCAAAAGGAGGCAGCGUGGGCCAUCAGCAACCUCACCAUCAGUGGGAGGAAAGACCAGGUGGAGUUCCUGGUGGAGCAGAACGUCAUCCCUCCGUUCUGUAGCCUGCUGUCAGUGAAGGACUCCCAGGUGGUGCAGGUGGUCCUGGACGGCCUCAAGAAUAUCCUCAUCAUGGCAGGAGAUGAAGCCAGCACUAUUGCUGAGAUCAUUGAGGAGUGUGGAGGUUUGGAGAAGAUAGAAAAUCUGCAGCAGCACGAGAAUGAGGAUAUCUACAAACUAGCCUUUGAGAUUAUUGAUCAGUACUUUUCAGGAGAUGAUAUUGAUGAAGAUCCCAGCUUGAUCCCUGAAACCACUCAAGGAGGAACUUUCAACUUUGAUCCAGCUUCAAACAUGCAAACAAAGGAGUUUAAUUUCUAAAAGCCAGGAUUUUUGGUUCAACCAGCUGCACGGGUACUCUGUAAUCACCCCAGACAUUCAUCCAUCUCUCCUCCAACCUGGCAACCUGGUACCGAAGGAUUUACUUAGCAUCACUUCAACAUGGAAACUCACCACUGAAGGAUUUACUCACCUCUGCACUGCGGGGUGUUUUUCUUUUUAAAUGGUCAUCCUUCAUAGAACACGGCAACCCUUCAUAGGUGUCCUGGUCCCUCAACAGGCACCAUCACCAUCUGGCAAAUCUGCAUCAGGAGGAUUGUCAGUAAUUCUUUGCCAGUGCUUCUAAAUAUCACACAAAAAUAAAACCAGAAGGAAGAAAAAGCCUUCAUGGCAAGAUUUAAUUGCCAAAUGUCAAGUAUUCUCAAAGACAAAAACCACAAGCACAUUUCCAGACACACACACACACACACACACACAUACACAUAUACACACUUUUUGACACCUAGAAUUUGUGUGCAUACUUCUGUUAGAAGCCAUCAUAUCACUUAUGGGGAAGAGAUACUGCUGUUUGUUUGUGGUUUAUUUUUGUGCUUUCCCUCCCCAAGAUUGUCCUCUGGUGUUACUUCACCCACGCGCACGCACACUGACAUUCAAGUACACACAUCAGCACACUUAGUCACACUGAUACCUGAUGGCCGGGCACCCGGAUAACCCCCUCUCACCCAGUUUCAAGAGUUAAUCCCAGAGCUAAGCCAUGAUUAACCACGGACCCCCACUGCCCUCCCAGGACAGUCCUGGGGCAGGUGGAGGGGUGAAAGGGCUCUAAGGCAAGAAGAGGACUCCAUGGCAAACUGACUGACGGGACUUCUGACUCAAUGACGUCACUUUUUUUAAUGUGACCUCUGUUGAAUUAUCAAACUCAAUGUUGUUUAAAAAAAAAAAUCAUCAAAAAUGUGAAGAAAAUGCCAUAAUAGUAAGACCUGCUAAUUGCCUGCUUUUGAUUCAGCAGAGCAACAACAUUUUUGUUUUUUAUGGAUGUGAAUAACUGUCAAGGGAGGAAGCACCUUUAGGUGAAGGCGCAGAGACUUAAGAGAAAAGGAACAUGUCAGCUGUAGCGUUUACCCCCCACCCCCCAACAGGACACCCAUAUCUGCAGCAUGAGCUUGGUCACGUCCUGUGAUCCAGUGAGCUGCGUGCUCGGGACUCCCCUGUAAUGUGAAACUCAAGGGGGGGGGGGGUUAAAAAGAAAAACAAAAACAAAAAAAAAAUGUUGAGCUAAAAUCGACCUGAAUUGAUUAUUUGACCUUAAGCUUAUUUUAAUUCUUUUAAAUUCUCUCUUCAAUCAAAUAUUUUAGUUUCAUGUUUCAGCUUCUUCUGGUUGAGUCUGUGGAGCUUCCAUAUGUCUGUCCAUGUUUUUUUUUCUUUUUUUUUUUUCCUUUUCCUUUUCUUCAGUCUUAUGCACACGUCUGAGAGGCAUAUUGAUGAUUGCCUGCAGAAAGGGACCUAUACUCAUUGAAGACUAAACUUGUAUAAGGAGUACAGAUACCUUUACAAUACUUAACUACUUUCAAUGAAGAGGUCACAUGUCAUCACUCAAUUUAAAUAAUUGUACAAAAAAUGUAAUGUGUAUCUCUCCUUGCCGUCUAAUGAAUAUAUGAAUAUAUUUACAUAAAGCCUGUACAAAGCUGCUGCAGCUGACAGUCAUUGGAUGGACGAUAACCUUACUGUCAAAGAUGGCUAGGGAGGGUUUUUUUUUUUUUUUUUUUUUUUUUUUUUUGCUGAAGCAAUAUUUCUGUUUCAUUGUUUUUAUUUUUGACUUGCAUAUGUAUUGUGAUGACAUGCUGAUAAAUUGGAACAGGCUGUGUUUUUCUUCUCUUCGUAGUGGUGACGGGCUGUUUAAAAUGUACCGUCCCAUGUCCCAGCUGGUGUGUGGGUUCAGGUUCGAGAUGUCAAACUCUGAGCCCGACCCCUAGCCCUGGUCUCGAAGACUUUAUGAUCCUCUGGAUGGCUGCUAACUACUGAG